AUGGCCUCAUCUUUGCAAUAUUACAUACCGACUUUACAACCACAACCAGAUCUUAGCAAGUCCAAAUUAAUCAUCCCAACAAUAUCCAUAGGAAACAUUCCCCAACUCACAAUUGAUCUACUUAUCCAUACCUAUAAUUUCAAUAAAAUAGGAAUACUCAAUGAUACAUUCUUGUACCCAUUUGCUUCACCAAUUGAUUAUUCUCCGCAACACUCUGAACCUAAAGAAGGUAUUAGCCACGCAAUAGAAAUUUACCACAAUAAUGAAUUGAAUUUAGUGGUGGUACAGCAAAGAAGCCCCAUCAUCCCAUCCUACACAUCACUUUUUGUCCAGAACGUGAUUAAUCCAUUUAUCAAGCAUUCUGGAAUACAAAAAGUAGUCUUGUUGAACUCGCAGGAUUUGGGAUUAGUGAAAGGCUUACCACAUCAAGGAGGUUCACAUGGUUUCAAUAAUGAAACAGAAUUAGAGAAUGGUCAUGUGGAGGUAUUCAGCUUGGCCGAUUUGAUGAAUUGCAAAUUUGAAGAAUUAAAACUUUCUAGUGCAUCAAUAACGGAAACAGAAUCCGAGACAAGGAAUAAUACGUCUAACGAUGCUAACAUUGAUGACGACGAGAGCUUUGCCUUUGUGAAAUCAAUAUUUCAAGCAUUUGAUGUACCCACAAAAACCUUAGAAUCCAAGGCAGCUUCCAAUAAUUCAUCAAACUCAACCAACUCCAUUAGUUCUUCCAAAGUAACCAACCAUGAAUCCACCUUGAAGGGACUUGAUUUAACAGUGCUAGUUAGUUAUGCCUAUGAGAGUGAUAACUUUCACGAUGCAGAAACAAUGAUGCAACAAUUGAAGGAAGAAUUGAAUUUGUUGCCCAAAUUCAAAGACUUUCCAUUAAUCAAACCAGUAAGUUGGCGGGGCGCGUAUGGCGACAGAGCUGUACCGAACGCAAUGGAGGGAGGUAUCUUUGGCUAA